UUAGGGACCAGACAAUUUCAGGACUGUAAAUUUGGAAAAGUUAGAGGUUAUGAGUUCAGAUACAAUCUUCAGAAUUACUCAUUGGGAUUGAAAGAUUCCAAUUUAAUGAUUGAAGAUCAAUCCUAUAAGAUGAGUCCCAAAGCAAAGAGAGCAAAACAGAAUUUAGUAUCUGAGGACAAAGAGAACAAAGCCAUAGACUACUCAGUGCCCAUAUUCACAGGACGAGAAGUGAGUAUCAGUGGGAUCACAGACACAGAAGAAGAAAGAAUUAAAGAAAGUGCUGCUUAUGUUGCCAAGAGGAACCUUUUUGCUACAGGUGAAGGAGUUAGUGUCAGCAAAGUGGCCAAGUCAACUUCUGAAGAGGAACAUCAUGAAAAAAAGUCAAGGAAAGUAGCAAUCCGGGAGUCUGCUGAGCGUGUGGCCCUGAAGAAAACGCUAGAAGAGACUCAGGCAUUCCACAAAAAGUUGAAUCAAGACAAACUUUUACAUGCUCCUGAGUUUAUUAUCGAGCCUCGUUCUCACACUGUCUGGGAAAAGCAAAAUGUCAAAUUUCAUUGUUCCGUGGCUGGCUGGCCAGCACCCCGUGUUACCUGGUACAAAAACAAUGUGCCCAUCGAUGUACAGACUCACCCUGGCAAGUAUAUCAUUGAAAGUCGAUAUGGGCUGCACUCACUGGAAAUUAGCACAUGUGAUUUUGACGACACUGCUCAGUAUCGGGCCUCUGCUAUGAAUGUUAAAGGAGAAAUUUCAGCUUAUGCUUCCCUUGUGGUAAAGAGGUACAAAGGAGAAAUUGAUGCAAGUCUUUUGUAUGCUGGAACUGCUUCCAUGCCUGUGGGCUUUGGCGUUACCCCUCAUGGCUAUGCUUCCAGGUUUGAAAUCAGCUUUGUUGACAAGUUUGAUGUAGCCUUUGGGAGAGAAGGAGAGACGAUGAGUCUGGGCUGCACAGUUGUCAUCAGUCCUGAUAUCAAGCGCUUCAAACCAGACAUUGAAUGGUACAGAAAUGGUGUUCUUAUUACACCAUCCAAAUGGGUCCAGAUGCACUGGACUGGGGAGCAAGCUUCAUUAACACUGACUCAUGCAAACAAAGAAGAUGAAGGUCUUUACACUCUACGAGUGAUCAUGGGAGACUACUAUGAAGAGUACAGUAAUUAUGUCUUUGUUCAAGAUGCUGAUGCUGAAAUCCCUGGAGCCCCUGGUGCACCACUGGAUGUGCAGUGCUUAGAUGCAAACAAAGAUUAUGUCAUUGUCUCCUGGAAACAACCCGCUGUUGAUGGAGGAAACCCCAUCCUCGGGUAUUUCAUUGACAGGUGUGAAGUUGGGACCACCCACUGGACCCAGUGCAAUGAGACUCCCGUGAAGUUUGCUCGUUUUCCCGUCACUGGUCUGAUUGAAGGCCGUUCCUACAUUUUCCGAGUCCGAGCUGUGAACAAAGCUGGCGUUAGCCUACCAUCCCGGGUGUCAGAGCCUGUGGCUGCUCUGGAUCCUGCUGACAGAGCCAGGCUUAGGAGUCACCCUUCUGCUCCCUGGACUGGACAGAUCAUUGUCACUGAGGAAGAACCUGCAGAGGGUGUUGUUCCUGGUCCGCCUACAGACCUCCAAGUUAUUGAAGCCACCAAGAACUAUGUUGUGCUUAGCUGGAAACCUCCUGGACAGCGAGGCCAUGAGGGUAUCAUGUACUUUGUGGAAAAGUGCGUGGCUGGCACAGAGGACUGGCAAAGGGUGAACACUGAGAUCCCUGUGAAGUCUCCUCGCUUUGCAGUUUUUGAUUUGGCUGAAGGCAAAUCGUACUGCUUCCGAGUUCGCUGUUGCAAUUCAGCUGGAAUUGGUGAGCCUUCAGAAGCAACUGAAGCCACUGUGGUGGAUGACAAACUAGAUAUUCCCAAAGCUCCUGGCCGUAUUAUGCCAACUAGGAAUACAGACACCUCAGUUGUUGUCACUUGGACAGAGCCCCCAGAUGCCAAAGAGCUGGUUGGGUACUACAUUGAGUCAAGUGUAGUUGGAUCUGGUCACUGGGAACCAUGCAACAACAAUCCAGUAAAAGGCACAAGGUAA